ACCCGACCCAACUCCCUUCAACCGACCCGGAAAUUGUUAAUAUGGAGAAAAUACGGACUUUAUUUUAAUUUUCUUACCUUGUUAGUUGUGUUACACUGGAAAAUAAAACCCAACAAGAUUUUCCACUAUGUGCUGCGCGCACUGAACUGGUUAUCAAUCUCCAUAUCUUUCUUUUUUAUUGAAUCUGUAACUUGAGAGAGUUUUCUGGGAAGAUUGCCUGUCAUUUUUGCAGAAGCAGAAAAAAACAAUUGAUGAAAUUUGAUGGGGUUUUAGGAAUGCAGAUAAGGUGUUUGAUCAUUUGCCUAUGAGAGACAUCAUACUUUGUUUGAGGGUAUAAGAUGAGGUUUACAUUAACAAAAAGACGCUGUUUCUCUUCUGCAUCAUCAUCAUCUUCUUCAUUACCAUGGAUUUCUCCUCUUCACUACCCCAGAGGUGACUCCAUAAAGUCAGACCCUCCACCACAACCGGAGCAAGAGUCUAGUAAGAAAUCGCGGUAUAUCUGUCAUGAACGUGCAGUAGACUUGAUCAAGCGUGAGAAUGAUCCUCAACGAGCUUUGGAGAUAUUCAACAAGGUUUCGGAGCAGAGGGGUUUUAAUCACAACAAUGCUACUUAUGCUACUAUUCUUAAUAAGAUUGCUAAGGCUAGGAAGUUUAAUGGGGUUGAUGCACUUCUUCGUCAAAUGAAAUAUGAACCGGCGUGCAGGUUUAAUGAGGGUAUUUUUACCAAUCUUAUGAAGCAUUACUCCAAGUGUUGUAUGCAUGAAAAGGUGGUUGAAAUGUUUGAUUUGAUUCAGCCUUAUGUUAGGGACCGGCCUUCACCUAAUGCUGUGAGCACUUGUCUUAACCUACUUGUGGAAUCGAAUCAGAUGGAUUUGGCACGCAAGUUUUUGUUGAAUGCCAAGAAAUUUCAUAGAAUGAAGCCAAACACUUGUAUUUAUAACAUCAUGAUCAAGUACCAUUGUAGACAUGGUAACCUUGAGUCGGCCAUUGAGGUUGUUGAGGAGAUGAAGAAAGAUAGAGCUUCGUAUCCCAAUGUGAUCACUUAUACAACACUGAUGGAUGGUCUAUGUCGGAGUGGAAGACUUAAGGAAGCAUUCGAUCAGUUUGAAGAGAUGAUCUCGAAAGACCAGAUUGUUCCUGAUGCCUUAACUUACAACAUCCUGAUCAAUGGUUUCUGUCGAGGUGGGAAGGUUGAUCAAGCGAAGAAGGUAAUAGAGUUCAUGAGGAAUAAUGGAUGUGCCCCAAAUGUGUUCAAUUACUCUGCUCUUAUGAACGGGUUUUGCAAAGAAGGAAGAAUACAAGAGGCCAUGGAAAUGGUUGAGGAGAUGAAGGCUUUAGGUAUAAAGCUUGAUACAAUUGGCUAUACUACUUUGAUUAACUUCUUUGGCAGGGAAGGGAGACUUGAGGAAGCUUUGCUUUUGCUUAAGGAAAUGCGAGAAGUAGGUUGCAAACCUGAUGUUGUGACUUACAAAAUUGUCAUCGAAGCUCUAUCUAGGAAUCAGAGGUUCAAGGAAGCUCUUCAAAUGCUUGAAAUGUUACCUUAUGAAGGUGUCUUCUUAGAUAAAGCUAGUUACAGGAUCACAUUGAAUGCCCUGUGCAAUUUUGGUGAAUUAGAAAAGGCUGCCUGGCUAUUGAGUUUGAUGCUUGGCAGGGGUUUUGUGCCUCAUUAUGCAACUUCAAAUGUAUUAUUGGUUAGUUUAUGUGAGGCUGGACGGGCAGAUGAUGCUGUUACAGCUUUGUCAGAGCUGUUAAAGGCAGGAUUCAAACCAGAGCCAAACUCAUGGUUGGUUUUGUUGGAGACAGUUUGCCGAGAGAGAAAGCUCUUGCCCACAUUUAUUCUGCUUGAUCAGCUUGUUGAUGAUGUGAAAAACUGAACUUAUAAAUCGCGGGUGUUUUAUAUCUGAGGGCCACAUUACAACACCAUCAGGUCCAUCACCAAUUACUCAUGAUAGUUCUCCUUCUUCUUCCUCUCCACCCCCUGCUGCACAGCCUGAUGAAUCAGAGGAAACUGAGGUACAGCAGCAACCAUGGCGUUGGCAGCCGA